AUGACAUCAACUGGCAAAGAAGGCAGCGGAGCUCAACACGCGCAAUAUGUUGGACCCUACCGCUUGGAGAAAACGCUGGGCAAAGGACAGACAGGACUUGUGAAGUUGGGAGUUCAUUGUGUAACAUGUCAAAAGGUCGCUAUAAAAAUUGUCAACAGGGAGAAGCUCAGUGAAUCGGUGCUAAUGAAGGUGGAACGGGAAAUAGCCAUCUUGAAGUUGAUAGAACAUCCCCAUGUUUUAAAGCUGCACGACGUUUAUGAAAAUAAAAAAUAUUUAUAUUUGGUGCUAGAACACGUGUCAGGAGGAGAGCUGUUUGAUUAUCUGGUAAAGAAAGGAAGAUUAACACCAAAAGAAGCCAGAAAGUUCUUCCGACAGAUUAUUUCCGCGUUAGACUUUUGUCAUAGUCAUUCAAUCUGCCACAGGGAUUUAAAACCAGAAAAUCUACUACUGGAUGAAAAGAACAAUAUCCGAAUAGCAGACUUUGGGAUGGCAUCAUUGCAAGUUGGGGACAGUUUACUUGAAACAAGCUGUGGAUCGCCACAUUACGCCUGCCCAGAAGUAAUCCGGGGAGAAAAAUACGAUGGGAGAAAAGCGGAUGUUUGGAGCUGUGGAGUCAUUUUGUUUGCCUUGUUAGUGCUAGAACACAUUCAGAAGCAUAUAUGGUAUAUAGGGGGUAAGAAUGAGCCAGAACCAGAACAACCAAUUCCUCGAAAAGUCCAGAUUCGGUCCCUCCCUUCCUUGGAAGACAUCGAUCCUGAUGUUCUAGAUAGCAUGCACUCUUUAGGUUGCUUCCGGGAUAGAAACAAACUUUUACAGGACCUGCUGUCAGAAGAGGAAAAUCAGGAAAAAAUGAUUUAUUUUCUACUCCUUGAUCGGAAAGAGAGAUAUCCCAGUCAUGAAGAUGAGGAUCUUCCUCCUAGAAAUGAAAUAGACCCUCCCAGAAAACGUGUGGACUCUCCAAUGCUGAACAGACAUGGCAAGCGGAGACCGGAGAGGAAGUCCAUGGAGGUUCUAAGCGUGACAGAUGGAGGGUCCCCGGUUCCUGCCCGCAGAGCAAUUGAAAUGGCACAGCAUGGACAGAGUAAAACAAUGUUCAGUAAAAGCCUGGAUAUCUGUGAAGCCAAUCCCACAUUCAGCAAAGAAGAAAGGAUGACGAGUGCUGACACCUUGGGGUCUCGUUCAAUCAGUGGAGCUUCCUCUGGCCUGUCCACCAGCCCUCUCAGUAGUCCAAGGCCUCUCAGAAAAUUUUUCAUCCCCCCUCAGAUUCCUGAUCUCCCCGUCACUCCCCGCCCCCAACCCUCCCUGGACUCUGAUGCUUGUAGGAACACUUCCAGACCUGGACAUGUUCUGCAACCAAAGCCAGCACUUCAACCCAACCCAAGGACACAAACUUUGCCUUCCAAGAACAAAUUGGCUGAAAAACCACUUCAGUCUACCAAAUCUAACCCACUCCCUUCUAAUAAUAUUAUUGUCCCUCCAUCCCAGAAUAACCCUGCACAAAAUACUCAGGGUCAUCCACCUGUUUCUGGGUGUAACCCACAACUGGUUGUUUCUACGGUGCCGACCAACCCUAUGUCUCCGAUUAGGUUGCUCCCUUCCAGUACUGACCCAAGCACCAAAUCUAUCCCCAUCAUACAGGUUACCCCUCACCCCUCUCCAAGGGGCAGUCCCCUCCCUACCCCCAAGGGGACACCUGUUCAUACGCCAAAGGAGAGCCCAGCAGGCACACCUAACCCUACGCCGCCAUCCAGCCCCAGCAUUGGAGGAAUGCCCUGGAGAACACGGCUCAACUCAAUCAAGAACAGCUUUCUGGGAUCGCCUCGCUUUCAUCGCAGGAAAUUGCAAGUACCUACGCCAGAAGAGAUGUCCAAUUUAACUCCAGAAUCUUCCCCAGAGCUUGCCAAAAAAUCCUGGUUUGGUAAUUUUAUCAACCUAGAGAAAGAAGAACAGAUCUUCGUGGUUAUUAAGGACAAACCAUUGAGUUCUAUCAAGGCUGAUAUAGUACAUGCAUUUCUGUCGAUUCCCAGUCUCAGUCAUAGCGUCAUCUCCCAAACAAGCUUCCGGGCAGAGUACAAGUCCACUGGAGGCCCUGCUGUCUUCCAGAAGCCAGUGAAGUUCCAGGUAGACAUUACAUACACAGAAGGUGGGGAGGCCCAGAAAGAGAAUGGGAUCUACUCCGUCACUUUUACACUUUUAUCAGGUCCAAGCCGGCGCUUUAAGAGAGUAGUAGAAACCAUUCAGGCACAAUUGUUAAGCACACAUGACCAGCCAUCAGUGCAACAAUUAUCAGACACCACUAACUGUAUGGAGUUGAUGACUGGGAGACUUUCUAAAUGUGGCAGCCCAUUGAGUAACUUCUUUGACGUAAUUAAACAACUUUUUUCAGACGAGAAGAACGGGCAGGUGAGCCAUCCCCCCGGCACGCCAACCAAGCAUAGCACAAACAGCAAGCGGAGCGAUUCCGAUAAAAAUGACUAUGGGUCUAGAGGAGACACUAAGUUCCCCGCUGGCAAAGAGAAGGCAAAGAUGGCCUCAUCACUCGGCUUACAAGACCAACCUUAA